AUGAUUAGAAAAGAUAAGUCUUGGGCAGGACCCUCUGGAGGAAAAAGGCUUUGUUUUGAUAUUAGACGAGAUGGUCGUAGGGAGGAUUACAGAAGAGAUGACCGUCCAUAUGACAGAAGAGACAAGAGACCCAUUCAAUAUGGCAAAAGUGUCCAUCUUGUGGACUUAACAAAGUCUCCAAAAGAGAUUUUGAAAACUGAGAGGGUGGGCUCAACUUUCAAGCCCCCUCCUCCUCUCAGAUCUGCAAAGAAAAACAUGAAUAAGUAUUGUGACUUUCACGAAGACCAUGGUCAUGAUACUAAUGAUUGCAGAGAACUCCAAGCAGAAAUCAAAAGGGCCUUAGAAGAAGGGAAGUUAGAGCACCUUGUCCCUGGAGCCAAACAGGGAAGAAAAACUCCUACAAAGAAGACCUUCGCAUGGCAGAAGAUACCGGUUAAAAAAGAAAACAAUGAGGAUCCGGGUCCAGCAGAAGGACAUGUUUGUAUGGUAUACCAAAGGAGAGAUCCAGGAAAGCGUAAAGCAAAUGUAUUGGAAGGUUGGGCAGUGGUGCCAAAAUCCUUUCCAUCUGUGGAAACGGUAUCCUCAGACCCUGUCAUCAUACAAGCUCACUUGGCAAACUUCGAGGUUGGAAAAAUAUAUUUAGAUAAUGGAAGCUCUACAUACAUUAUUUAUGAGCAUUGCUUCAAUAAACUCCCUCAAAGAGUUAAAGAUCUCAAGCGCCCGCCCUUGGCACCUCUAGUUGGUUUCAAUUGUGAAUCUAGCUGGCCCAUUGGAGAAGUAAGUAUGGAGGUAAUGAUGGGUAAAUACCCACUCCAGAGAAUUGAAGUUGUGGACUUCACAAUUGUUAGAGCACCUUCACCAUACAAUGUGUUGCUCGACAGGCCAUCCAUGUAG